AUGCUCCUUCCUCGAAUGAGCGCUCGUGAAUGUCGGCAAGGCUCGCGAUCGUCUGAUCCUGCCCACCACGACGCAAUAUGCUCAAUUCUUCAAACAGAUCCUAGCCUUUCGGAUCCAUCUUACAUCCGACCACCUUGCCAAGUUGCCAACAUCCAAUUCGGCCAUGUCGCGCACCGACAGAACGGACUUUGUGAAUUGCCGACUGCACUGAUCAUUAAGUUCAUGUCUGCGAGGCCGCGUGAUGAUGGGAUCUGUAAGGCGCCGAUGGCUUGGGAAUGAGACAAAGGGCAUUGCCUAUUUGAGCGCAGUACCAUCCUGGUCAAUGUCAAGACAGCGCGUUGCAUGAGAUCUCGUGGAUCAUGGCCGGAUUUGUACCUUCACAUCGCCCAAACAGGACCUGCGUCUGUACUUACGGACAUCUCUUCCUAAGCCUAUGAUAAAUCACGAUGUGCCUGGUGCAGGGCAGUGUUGUCCAAACGGCAUUGGUCGGCAGCAUGACUGAUGAUUGUUGCGUGGUAAGAAAGGUCACAGUUCGAAAGUGCAGAGUGAUUUAGACUUUGUUUCUGCAUCAAUUCACUACAUAUUACUUGCUUGUAGUCGCUUUUCACUAGCCUACAUAAGCAAGCUCGUCUGAACCGACUUUCGGACAAAGUGGAUAUAAUAAGGUAAUCUGUCUACUACUCUUGUUCGAGCUUUCCGCAAGUCUUUCACCGCUAUUAUCUUAAUUUACUUUCGUACCUC